ACACUCAAAUUUACAAUGUAAUGUAUGAAGAUGAAGCCAUUGACAACAUUGCCAAAAAUCUGAAGCAAUCAUGGACACUCCUUCAUAUUACCCUCUCUCACUCCUUCUCGUACUCCUCUCCCUUCCGCCUCUUCUCACAUUCUUCCUCCUCCGCCGCCGCCACUCCUCCUCCAACCGCCACCCUCCAGGACCACCAGGAUGGCCAAUUUUUGGCAACUUAUUCCAGCUCGGAGACAUGCCACACCGCACCCUCGCCAACCUAAGCCAUACCUACGGCCCCGUUGUGCGCCUCCAGCUGGGAGCCAUCAACACCGUCGCCAUCCUCAACGCCAAAACCGCCACUGAGUUCUUCAAGUCCCACGACCACAACUUCGCCGACAGGACAAUCAUUCAAACCAUGCGAGUCCACAACUACGACAAGUCCUCUUUAGCCCUUGCCCCUUACGGCCCUUACUGGCGCCUCAUGCGCCGCCUCGUCACGGUGGACAUGCUCGUGGCGAAACGCAUCAACGACACCGCUCCCGUCCGGCGCAGGUGCGUCAACGACAUGGUUUCCUGGGUAGCAAAAGAAGCUAAAAAACUCAAAGCCGGCGAAGGUGUCCACGUGGCAAGAUUCGUGUUCUUGAUGUCGUUCAAUCUGUUCGGGAACCUUAUGCUUUCCCAAGACAUGUUUGACCCGGAAUCGGAAACAGGGUCGGAUCUGUUUAAAGCAAUCAUGGGGCUUUUGGAGUGGACGGGGCACGCGAACGUGGCGGACGUGUUCCCGUGGCUUGUGUGGGUGGACCCGCAGGGGCUGCAGCGGAGGAUGAAGAGGGACAUGGGAAAGGCCAUUGAGAUUGCUUCCAAGUUCGUGAAGGAGCGGUUGCAGCUGCAGCAUAGUGAUGAUAUGGCUAGAAAGGAUUUCUUGGAUGUGCUGCUUCAAUUUCAGGGCGGUGGCGGUGAGGAGGCACGGAAUAUCUCCGACAAGGACCUCAACGUAUUCAUUUUGGAAAUAUUCAUGGCCGGAUCAGAAACUACAAGCAGCACGAUAGAGUGGGCACUCACAGAGCUUCUGUGCAACUGCAACUGCUUAAUGACGGUAAAAUCUGAGCUCAACAGAGUGGUUGGAACCGCAAGGGAACUCGAAGAGAGUGACAUAGAAAAUCUCCCAUACCUUCAAGCUGUGGUGAAAGAAACACUUCGCUUGCAUCCUCCCAUUCCCUUGCUUGUUCCUCGAAGGGCUAUUCAAGACACAAUGUUCAUAGGAUACUACAUACCAAAAGACACGCAGGUCUUCGUGAAUGCGUGGGCCAUUGGAAGGGACCCAGAUGUGUGGAAAGACCCUUUGACCUUCAAGCCCGAGAGGUUUAUUUUUUGUGAUGCUGGGUCAAAGGUAGAUUAUAAAGGUCAACACUAUGAGUUCAUUCCAUUUGGUGCUGGGAGGAGGAUGUGCGCGGGGGUUCCACUGGCCCACAAGGUCCUCCAUUUGGUGCUGGGGUCACUGCUACAUUGCUUUGAUUGGGAGCUUGAUAGCCAUGUCACGCCAUCAACCAUGGAUAUGAGGGAUAAAUUGGGAAUUACAAUGAGGAAGCUUGAGCCCUUGCUUGCAGUGCCGAAGCUUGUUGCUCCAUCGUGAGUCUCAAGGUUAAUUCAUCAAGACGUCAACUGCAUUUCGUAUGGGUUAAUCUAUUAUAUGUAUGUCUUGUCACUUUCUUUGCUGUUGUUUGGUAGCGAAAUAUUUAUGUCAUAUUCACCCUUUUAAUGUAUUAUGUACGUGGUUUGAUAUGUUGGUGUCUAUGUUAAAAAAGACACGCUAUGUGUUCAUUAUUUCAAUUCAUGCAUGAACACAUCAAAAUGGAGAAUUUGGAUGGAAUGAAAACUAAUUGUAUGAAUUUUAUUGGGAUAGAA